UGGAGCACUGCCGUGUCCUGGAAGUCCCAGGAAGGGGAUGAGGCUCAGCCCAACAACCUUUGCUGCCUCUUCAAUGAGGUUGAUCGGCUAAUGUGCAGCUGGGAAGUGAGGAGAGAGGUCACCAGCUCUGUCUUGUUCACGCUCUUCUACAGAACCCCACCGACAUCAGAAGAGACAGAAUGCUCUCCAGUCCAUGAGGAGGAAUUUCCUGGCAGCCAGUACCUGUUCCACAGCUGUGAGAUCAAUGUCACCAACUCCAGCAGGCUGAGCCAGUACCUCAUAACUGUCCGGCCCAAGAAGGAGGAGAAACUGAUAGAAGCCUCCAAAAACAUCAAGCCGCUUGCGCCUGUCAACGUGACAAUGACAAAGACGAAAGACCAGGAGUAUGAGCUGAGAUGGACAAAACAGAUCCUAAGCUAUGACCCUAUAUGCCAGAGAUAUGAAUUCUUGUAUUGGAAGAUUGGUGACUCUUUGGAGAAUGCCCAGAUUGUAAACAUCAGCAAUGACAAGCCUCCCUUCAUCAUCACCCUGCAGAUGCUGGAGCCCUCCACACACUAUAGGGGAAAAAUGCGGGCGAGGGUGCAUUCGGAUGGCUACAAGGGGCCCUGGAGCGAGUGGAGUGAGGAGUGCACCUGGGAAACUGAGAGUGUCUGGUCACCACUGAUUCUCCCACUGCUGGUCCCAGUCUUCACCAUCGUGCUGAUAGCAUUUGGCUGGUGUGGUUAUAGAGGCUUACUCAGCAAGAAGAAAAAAUGGGAGGAAAAGAUUCCAAAUCCCGGCAAGAGCCAGCUGCUCCAGAGCUACUUCCAGGGUGACAUCUCUGAUUCGUCGUUUCCCUCUUGCAGACCGAUGAAAGUUAGUUCAGCAGAGCUCCCUGCAGCCGUGGCCGAUAGGAGGAUGUGCUUCCUUGGUGCACUGGACCCAGAGAACCCGUAUCAGACUCUUGAAAUGGCAACUCCAGCUCCACAUCCUGUAGCCAUGGCUGGCUGCCAUUCAAGUCAGGGCACCAGUCAGUCCUUGUCGCCAGCCACGCUCCCCUGGAGGAGCAGUGCUAAGGUCACUGCUUCUCAGGCACCCAUGUCCUGCUUUGACUUUAAUGGUCCAUACUUGCACUUCCCCCAUGGGUGCUCCCUGCCUGACGUUCAUCAGGACCGGGAAACUGCCCCACCCCAGGGUGCCCCUUCCCAGACCCUGCUGGUGGGGGAAGAGAGAGGAGCAACUCAGCUCCACCCCGUCUCACUUCCUGCUCAGAAAGAGAUGAAGCAGCCCCUUGCUGGAAGGCAAGAAGGGCCACAAGGCCAGCCAGCAGGUGGGGAAGUGGCGCAAGGGGACACCGAAGAUCAACGGUCACCGACUGUUGCCAUCUUAAACAACUCCUGUCAGAAAUGGCCAGUGGGAUACGUCACCACGGAAGAUCUGUCACUGAUGCCAGCAAGAGACUCUGCCCAUCUGUCCCCUGCACUGGCCCCGGCGGAGGGAAUGCUCACUACUGCUGCCAUGUUGUCAUCCAACCCAUGA